AAUUUGCCUCCUGAGCCACCAAGCGCCUCCUGGAGGAAAAACUUAUAAGCUUUUCCUCUCUGAAUGAAAUGCGCAUGCGUUUGACGUUCAAACACUUUAGCUAGCAAGAUCUCGGCCAUUUACGCUUUCCCAUUAGCGGUGACUAAACACAAAGACAAUGACACAGCCUGCAGACUCUAUUCUACACAGCGGUUACUUUCACCCCACUCUCCGAUACUGGCAGACCUGUGCUUCAGACCUUAGACCAGAUAACCUCAUUUAUCCUGUCUUCAUUACUGACAGUCCUGAUGCAGUGGAACCAAUUGCAAGUCUACCUGGUCAAGCAAGAUAUGGUGUUAAUAAGAUAGAGGGUUUACUUCGUCCCCUUGUGGAUAAAGGCCUGAAGUGUGUGCUGAUUUUUGGAGUUCCUGCAAAAGUUGCGAAGGAUGAGAGAGGCUCUGGGGCAGACACAGAUGACACUCCUGCAGUCCUGGCUAUGAAGAAACUGAGGAGCACAUUCCCUGAUCUUGUGCUGGCCUGCGAUGUGUGCCUUUGCCCCUACACCUCUCAUGGCCACUGUGGAAUCCUGCGUGAAGACGGCAGCUUGGAUAACGCUGCAAGCUGUUUGAGGCUGGCUGAAGUAGCUCUGGCUUAUGCUCGAGCAGGCUGCCAUAUUAUCGCUCCUUCAGAUAUGAUGGAUGGACGGAUUGCAGCCAUUAAGCAAGCACUAAUCGCCAAUGAUUUUGGCAACAAGGUGUCAGUGUUGAGCUACAGUGCUAAAUUUGCCUCCUGCUACUAUGGGCCAUUCAGAGAUGCUGCUCAGUCUAAACCUGCUUUUGGGGACAGGCGAUGUUAUCAGCUUCCCCCUGGUGCCAGAGGACUAGCUCUGCGGGCCUGUGACCGGGAUGUAAAAGAAGGUGCUGACAUGCUGAUGGUGAAACCUGGAUUACCAUACCUUGAUAUUGUGAGAGAGGUUAAGGAUAAGCACCCUACUCAUCCACUGGCAGUGUAUAAUGUAUCAGGCGAGUUUGCCAUGUUGUGGCAUGGAGCUGAAGCUGGAGCUUUUGACCUGCGCACUGCAGUUAUGGAAGCUAUGACUGCCUUCCGUAGAGCAGGAGCUGACAUCAUUAUCACUUACUACACUCCACAAUUGCUCACAUGGCUAAAAGAGUAAUGGUUCUCCUAUUCUUCCCUGAGAGAGAAAAUGGAAUUAGAAAUAAAUCAGAUAAGCAAAUAUUACUACAAAAAAUCUCAAACUAUUUUCCAGGAUUUUUUUAUUUUAUUUUAUAUAUUUAGUUAUAAACAUAUCCAAUCAGCUUUGCUUUCUGUAGUUCGCUUUAGCAACCCUCUACAUUGCGACUAAAUCAUAUGCGACUAAAUCUUCACUCUGGGCAACGAAAUGAUGUCUAAUAUUAGCCAAUGUUUAAUAAAUUCUCAUAUUUUACUCGCCAGUGUGUAAAUUGGAGGCUAAGUAUAAGUUUAAGCAAACAUAUAUUUUCACUGGCAGACCACACUGAGCUCUUCAGAAUUUGUAGGAAAGUAGGAAAGCAAUAAAAUGAGCAUCUUUCAUCUAAGGCUUGUGUUGCAUUUCGGGGGAAAAAAAACAUUGUCUAUAUAUCUAUGCAUAUCAGUAAACUAAAAAAAAUGUACUAGCCAAUGGUGAUUCAAUUGCCAAGGUGUCCGUAGAGUUUUUUUUUUUUUUUUUUUUUGUACUGAUGUUAAAUUUGUCAUUUAUUUCCCAAAUGUGUUUGACUACAUCACAGAUUUGUUGUCAUUUUAAUGUGCAUCUAUAACACUGAAAAUAGACCUUAGGUUUGUAAUUACAGCUGUUUAAUUUUCUAAUUAAUAUACUAAUAAUCACAUUAACAUUGGAUGUCCUGUUGGCAUCUCCAUUUUAAGCAUUACAUGUAAUGCAUCUACAAAAUGUUUAUCUGUUUACAACCAAAAAGAUGGGAAUAAAGCUAAAGGCAUGGUAAACAUUA